ACAACACACAACAGAGAAAUAAAUAAAAAUAAAAGAGAAAACACAUAAACACAAGGGGGAAAAAUACAGUUUUUCAUUUUAUCCCCAACGCGACACAACGCAAUCGAAAAUUUAAUACAAAAUAAACCCCAACUCCCCAAUUUGCAAACAGCGUUUUUGUAUUUUCGCGCAAGUCGUAGACACUGUUGCAGUUUGACAGCAAAAUAUUGUUGAGAAAACAAAGUCUGCGCAAUUUAAGAGAAAACAAUAGUGAAAUCAACAAGAGAAUACUCAUUUAAUAUUGGCCAAUUGGCCAGUUUCUCUUAACAUGACUCCAGCAGAAAAUGCCACUGAUGACGAAACACAUUUUUUGGAUUUAAAUGAUGACUGUCUGGUGGAAAUAUUAAAAUAUUUAAACAUUCAUGAAACAUUUUCAUUGUUGGGUUGUGUUUGCAAACGAAUUGAUGAAAUUAUUUACGAAAGACUGGCUUUGGUAAAACAUUUAACCAUUAAUCUAAGAGAUCCACCAACAUUUACCAGCCACCAAUUACAAAUUAUUGGUCGAAAUUUAAAAAGUCUUUACAUUAGUGCUGGUUACUCUUUGUCUUCACCUCUAACUCUCAAUUAUCUGGAUCCCAUCUGUAGCCAGGAUACUCUCCAAUUUCUGACUCUACAUUACGUUCAAUUCGAUGAAAAUUAUCAAAAAUGUAUCAUGAAUGUAGCAGCUCAACUACAAUUUUUAGAUUUAAGUUAUUGCCAAUUAACUGAUGAUUUGCUGCAGCCUAUUUUAGAGAAAUGUGACAAUCUUAGAGCCCUGACAAUUUUUGGAAAUUAUAAUUUAAGAUGUGUAUCGUUAGGUGGCUUAAAAUCGGGACAUUUAAAGGAACUUAAAGUCGAACAGAAUUCGAAUUGUAAACGUGAAAUAGAGAAAUUUAUUGCGAAAAAUCCCGAGGUCACGGUGACGAUUUUUGCCAUUGGAUAUUUGGGUCACAUAAACUCCAAGGUAUAUCACGAUUGAUCUGUGUUAAUUCCUAUGUAAUAAGUGGUAUUGAUUUGUCUCCAAUAAAAAAAUGUAAUAAGCUAAAUAUAUAAACUGUUUAAUGGAAAUAAUAACAUAAAUACAUUUUUAUAACUUUAAAUGUUAAAAAAUA